AGGAUUAGUUCCAAGGUUUGUGUCAGGAAUCCGGCGUCACGCGACUCCUGUAAUCACGUGAUCGUUAUCGUACCGGCGGCCGUCACCAUAGCAACUGCCAGCGUCAACAGCAGAAUCUAGAUCUGUUCUGAAUGUGAAGCCCAACCCGCAAGAAGCGCUGGAGAAAUCAUAGAUAUACGAAUUUGAUGAUCAGACGUUAUUUACAUAUUUUGCAUGUACCUUUUGUCCAUGGUUAACGAACGUGUUUUGCGAUUGAGGUGAAACUGACUGUUAUUUUGCCGCUCCAGGCCAUCAUCAUCAGACCUUCCCCGGCCGAAACCACCAAACCUACCCAUACCCUGCCGCACUCCUGCCCAUAUAUCAAAGUUCCCGAUUAUAAUAACUGCUUGUUUACGAAAAAAGAGACGGGAUAAAACAUUACGUACUUUAUACACUAAGAUAUGAAAUACACUUGAUAUUUCCAGAAUAACAAGCAACAUAUACACGACGCUCGAGGAAGGGUAAACACAACACAGCACAAUACGACACAAAGCAAUAACAGCGGAGACAAAGCUGGAGAAAGGGCACGACGCAGAAAUUCAGAAACAAAGGAAUAUGGCGCUGGAUCCGCGCUUCUACAAUGGCCUUGGAGACCCGCCAUCAUUAUCAUCAGCAUCACAUCUGGGCUCCGGAGCCUCAAUGGUCUCGAUAAACGGUGAUGGCAUGAUCGUCUCCCACGCGUCGCAAGCCCCGUCAGCCCCGCUGUCCGUUUACUCUAGUGCGGCUCCCAAUAUCGCGCCAAAUGGAGGACCCUUGUCUAUGGCAUCAUCUGCAGCGCUCCGAUCGACAGCUUCGAGUCCGUCGUUGAGAGCGAGGGAAAGUGUUGUGGUUCCGACGAGCCGGGCGGGGACGCCGGUUAAUGGGGUUGGGGGAGGGGGAGGGGGAGGGGGGAAUGUAAGGGUUGUAGUGAGGGUUAGAGGGUUUUUACCUAGAGAAAUAAAACGAGGGGCGGAAUGUCUUAUAUCGAUGAACCCGGAUACUCAAUCGACCACCCUCAUGGCUCGCCCCAGUUCUGGUCAACAAGAUCCAGUGAAUGCCAGGAUACAGAGCAGAGCGAAAGUCCUUGAAGACAGAACUUUCACUUUCGAUAAUUCCUUUUGGUCCCAUGAUAAGAAUGAUGAGCACUAUGCCACGCAAGAGGACGUGUAUAAUUGCCUCGGCGAGGAGUUCCUGGACCACAAUUUCGAGGGAUAUCACACAUGUAUUUUCGCAUACGGCCAAACGGGGUCGGGUAAAAGUUACACGAUGAUGGGUACAGAAGAGCAACCUGGUUUGAUUCCACGGACAUGCGAGGACCUUUUCCAACGUAUCGAGAGUUCAGAAUCGCCUGAUAUUAGCUACAAUGUCCGCGUCUCAUAUUUUGAGGUGUAUAACGAGCACGUUCGAGAUUUACUAGUACCACGCACAGACACACCGUACUACUUGAAAAUCAGAGAGUCGCCAACAGAUGGCCCGUAUGUAAAAGAUCUGACAGAUGUGCCAGUACGAAGCUAUUCAGAGAUUAUGCGGCUCAUGCGCAAAGGAGAUGCUUCUCGUACUACCGCUAGCACGAAAAUGAACGACACUAGUUCACGGUCUCACGCCGUUUUCACAAUCAUGCUGAAGCAGAUUCAUCACGACUUAUCGACGGAUGAAACCACUGAACGAACAGCGCGUAUUAGGCUUGUGGACCUUGCUGGUUCAGAACGAGCUAAAGCAACAGAGGCAACAGGACAAAGACUAAGGGAAGGUUCUAAUAUUAACAAAUCUCUUACUACCCUUGGCCGUGUCAUUGCCGCAUUAGCAGACAAUAAACCAGGUCGGCUGCGCAAGAAUAAAGAGGUGGUCCCAUACCGUGACUCUAUCCUGACUUGGUUAUUGAAGGACAGCUUGGGGGGAAAUUCGAAAACGGCCAUGAUUGCAUGCAUAGCCCCAUCAGAUUACGAGGAAACUCUUUCCACCCUGCGCUAUGCAGACCAAGCGAAGCACAUCCGCACCCGCGCCGUCGUCAACCAGGACCACGUUUCAGCUGCUGAACGCGAUGCACAGAUUGCGGAAAUGGCUGAAAUUAUCCGCGAGCUUCAGAUUAGUGUGAACCAGCAGGCUAUCAGCAAACGAGAAACCGAGAUGAAGAAUGAGAAACUGGAAGAGUAUCAAGGCCAAGUCGUCAAGUUGCAGCGCUUGAUGGAAGAGACCAAGAUGGUCAGCGAAUGCAAAAUCCGGCAGUUACAGACAGAGAACGAUGCUCUGCGCCGCCACUUGAAACUUGCCUUGGAGAGUCUUAAAAACCCAAUCCCACCUGUUGAGGUAGUCAAACGGAAGAGAGAAAGCGAUUUGUUCUCUGUUCAUGAGAAACAGGAGAUCGUGGACGGUGUACGGAUUAUGGAUGAAGACGAGCAGGAAAAUGGCACACCGACUCCAGAACCUGAUUUGGUUUGGGAGGACGGUGAUGAUGACGCCAGCUUUGCCGAUGCUAGUGAACUGGAAGCCAUGGAGAUGCAGGCGCGCAUGGAAGAGCUCCUGCUUGAUCUCAACUUUUUCAGAAGGAAAGUAGCGGAUGAUCAUGAGCGAUUUGGGAUCAAGCGACAUAUUUCGCCAGCUGCGAAUGUUGAAGAGAGGCAGGUUCUCGGGGAUGUUCAAUUAAAUUAAUGAUGGACCACCUUUUUUGUGUCUGCUGUUCAUUCCUUUUGGUUCCAAUUUUUGUCGGACUUCGUGGCGCAUUUUUCUUCCCCCCCCCCUUUUUUUUUCGGUUCUCUGUAGGAUAGGGUACUGGCAGGAGUCACUAGAAAGCGAACGGGCUGACAGUCUUUUUCUACAUUUUCUCUGUGCAAUUUCCCCCCUCUUUUUGUUUAAUUUUAUUCUCUUUCUCGUUUGCUAUAUUCUCAUCAGGAGUGGGGGAUCCUUUGUUUGCCUGUUUCUUAUUGACCUGCUUUUUCCUUGCAUACUAGUUUAUAUGUUAUUAGUGAGAUGAGCAAUGAAGAAAAAAAUGAGAGAUGAGUCACUAGGGAAUGAAGCUGUUAGUGACACAUUCACACAUAGCCAGUGGGCUGCUUCACAGUUAUUUAUAUGUGGCCCGCAUGUCAUCAGUACAUGUGUUCCUGAAUAUGAGUGGAGAUGGCUGUUGGUUGGGCAUGGAACUGGGUGAAACAGAGGCUGUGUGAUGAGUGAAAGAAAUAGAAUGACAAAGAGUUCAUACCUAAAUAAACAUGCCAUAUCGC